GCCGCCUGCUCGGGCGGGCGCCGUUGGUGAGCCACGCAAAGCUCGCCGCCCUGCGCCGCCGUUGCACACGCACUACUACUGCUCAUCACAGCUACAAAUAGCACCGCAUGCACCUGGCAGCGUACAUCCAGCAAGCCACCGUACCACCAGGCCAGGCCAGCAGCAGAAGAGCAGGAAGCCCCAGAAAGUUAGCUAGCUAGCAAUGGCGUCGGCAGCAGGCAUGUCCCUCCUCGCCGCGUGCCUCCUCGUGGUGGCGCUCGGCGUGGCGAAGGCGCAGGGCGGCGGCGGCGUGGGGCAGUGCGUGCCGCAGCUGAACCGGCUCCUGGCGUGCCGCGCGUACCUGGUGCCGGGGGCGCCGGACCCCAGCGCCGACUGCUGCGGCGCGCUGAGCGCCGUGUCGCACGAGUGCGCCUGCAGCACCAUGGGCAUCAUCAGCAGCCUGCCCGGACGAUGCAGCCUCGCCCCUGUCAACUGCUCUGCCUGAUGAGGCAAUGGAGCUUGCUAACCACGGAUGCUGCAAGGCAAUUAGGAAGAGAGAAUAAAGACGUGCGGCUCCACCGCGCGGGAGGAAUCGAGCCUCACCGGCCGGCGUCGCCGCCUGACACGUCCAACGUCCUUGUCUUUGUUUUCGUUUCAUGUUCAGAAGACUGCCUUGCUACCUCUGUUUCAGUAGAAAAUAAGUGAAACCAUGCAGGAUCACAUGUUCGAUUGCUAUUGAUACGCUUGGCAUAUGCAACUUUUCUUUGA